UUUUGCGGCGUCUGAAACUGAGUUACACGGCGGUUCAAGUUUCUUUCCUUCUUUUUUUGCAGACCCAAAAAUAAAACAAAUAAAAUUCCUUUGGUUGGAAUUGCAAACUGGCGAAGUGACCCACUUGUCUUCAAAGGGGUUCUCUCUUUUUAUUCCCCCCCCACCACAAAAAAAUUAAACAAUGGGUGUGGUGGUUGUACAAGAGUAAAAACUCUCUAAAAAUGUCACUUCCAAAGAGCAUCUGAAAGAAAGAAACAGUAGUAAAUAGUUUUGAUUCUUGUUGUUGUUGUUGUUGGUUCACAGUAAGUAAAAGCUUCAGUCUCAAGAGAGAGAGAGAGAGAGAGUUGUUGUCUGAACGAUGUCACUUUCUGUCGGCAUUGUCUGCGUUCCAACACAAUACUUAGUUCUAGAAGUUGCUGCAAAGAUUUGAUGUUUCAAACCUCUUCUCCAUCUUCCAUUUUCACACCCAAAUCUUUCUUUUUUUUGUCUCAUUUUUUCUGGGUUUGAUUAUUGAAUCUGGCAAAAAGAUUUGAUCUUUCUCACAUUGAAUGUUGUUGUGGGGGUUCGCCGAUGAAGUAGAGUAGAGAGUUCUUUUCCUGAAGAUCUGUAAAGGGCUAUCGCAUGGUAGUAGUAGUAGCUUGGAGCAUCGGAGAGACCAUCUUUGUUUCCAAAUGUCAGCAAUUCCUGCAGCAGCCAUUGGAGGUGCUGUUGGAGCUCUUGUCUUGAUUGCUCUUUCGUUUUUUCUCAUAUGGUUUUGCAUCUUCCGCCGCAAGAAUGCGUCCAGAACUUCUGAUGAGACAGGCUCUUCUGAUCCAUCUACUCAAGGAAGAAACGUUGCGAUUGAGUUGUCAAUGAGAGAAGCUAGAAGGUUUGAAAUGGAGGAGCUUGCUCAAGCCACCAAGAGUUUCACCAAUAAAAGCCUUAUCGGUAUUGGCAAGUUCGGAGAGGUUUACAAAGGUCUGCUUCAAGACGGUGUUCUUGUCGCUAUCAAGAAAAGACCCGGCUUGCCUACACAAGAGUUCGUCAACGAGGUUCGUUAUCUUUCGUCUAUCAAUCAUCGUAACCUUGUUACUCUUUUGGGUUAUUGCCAAGAAAGCAACACGCAGUUUCUUGUCUACGAGUAUGUUCCUAACGGAAGUGUUUCCAGUCACCUGUACGGUGAUGGUGGUAAAGUACCUGGUAAUAGGCUAGAGUUCAGAAACAGGCUUGCUAUAUCUAUAGGAGCAGCUAAAGGCUUGGCACAUCUCCACUCGCUGAGUCCUAGACUGAUACACAAGGACUUCAAAACAGCUAAUGUUCUUGUGGAUGAGAACUUCAUUGCUAAAGUUGCGGAUGCAGGAGUCCGCAAUUUCCUGGGAAGAGAGGAUGUUGGUACAUCGUCCAACGUUGUUGCAGACCAGAUCUUCCUCUCCCCUGAGGUUCAAGAGUUCAGAAGAUUUUCAGAGAAAAGUGAUGUCUAUGCUUUUGGGGUGUUCCUCUUGGAGUUAGUAAGUGGGAGAGAAGCAUCAGAACCAUCUCCUUCAAGCUCAACACAAACUCUUGUCGAAUGGAUGCAAAGCAUAACGGAUUACACUGAGAUACCAGGAAUGAUCGAUGAGAGACUAGGUGGUACAUACACAGCAGAAGGAGUGGAGGAGGUUAUUACACUGACAUUGACGUGUCUUGAUGUCUCAAGUGAGAAGAGACCAACAAUGAGUUAUGUUGUGACAGAACUGGAGAGGAUAUUGGACAAAGAAGUGAGCUUGACAACAGUCAUGGGUGAAGGUACCCCUACUGUUACUCUUGGAAGUCAGCUUUUUAAAUGAUCAAAAAAAUUACAUUUAUAUAUACAUAUAUAUAUAUAUAUUUAAGAGGAGGAUGAAGGAGAAGACUGAUCAGCUGUUUAUGUUAAGUGUAUAAAGAACAGCUGAGCUAUUAUUAUUUGUUUGUUUGUUUGUUUUUUUCCUCCUUUUUUCUACUUCCUUUGGAGGUUAUUUUCAGCAAUUUUUUUUAAAAUGAGUGCAGAAAAUAUAACUUUGUAAAAAACAUUAUUUAUUGAUGAUAUAAAAAGGGAAGCAAAGAGUGUGGAAUGUUGUGUGAUU